UGAAAGUGUCAUGUGCAAUAAAAUAUUUAUGUAAUACAUACUUAAUUAUCGAUUUAGUGAUCUUAACAAUUAAGAAAUGGCAUCCACCAUAAACUUUGACAUGACCUCGGAGAUGGCUCUCCUAAUAUCAGAACAUUCCUGCAGAAAAUGCGGAAAAGUAUACAAUGAUCCUGUGAAAAUGAAGGUGUGCGGACAUUUGGUGUGCGCUGCCUGCGCUUCAUCAAAAUGUGCGAUAUGCGGCGUCGGCAAAGGUAUCCAAGGUCCAUGCAAUUUCACUGCAAAGAUAGUAAAUUGGAUAAAGGAAAUGGAAAAUAAAUACGCGGACAAAAGUUUCCUCAUCAAUAACAUACCGAAAAUCAACGGAACCGACUCAGACAUUGUUAUUCCUGCGACGCAAAAUCCGCAGCAGGUACAUAUCAUAAAGACAGCGAUGAAGCGAAAUAGCAAAGGCGAAUCUGGUCUGCACGUAGCAUGCAAACAGGGAAAGUUGGACAAAGUUAAGCAACUCAUCGAGUCCGGAUGCGAUGUUAACGCAGUCGAUUGGGCCAACUGGACUCCAUUGCACGAGGGUGUACAGAGCAAUGCUUUCGACUGCGUGAGGGAACUGCUGAAUGCAGGAGCUUUGGUGAAUGCGCCGGGCGAGAAUUACAUUACACCGUUGCAUCAAGCCCGAGAACUGCAGUUCGAGAAAAUUGUUGAUAUUUUGCUGGAGUUUGGAGCGGAUCCCAAAUCAAUCGACUUCUCGGGGAACAUUGCGAUGUCGAAUGGUCUUGAAGUACAACCAACUAAAGAACAACUCUUCGUGGCCCAGAUCAAAGAAGCUUUGAUACUAGGCGUUAGCGAUGACACUAAAAAAGUAUUGACCAACCGAACUAUAGUAUGCAGCGGUAAAUUUAACGUUAAGAAAACUGAUGUUAUUAUUUACGGUAAAGCUGACAAUCUGCAAAAGCACACCAGCCUUAUGGCUAUUUUGAAUGGAAUUCCGUUGGUGAACGAGCGAAACGUCGAGUCUCUCUUUUCCCCUGAUUUUCCCUUGAAUUUGAAUUUCCCCGAGGAAUUAUCGGCACCGCUCAAGGAUUGCAUCAUGAAUAAGCUGUAUCGCAAGCCGAGAUUGUUCGACGGAAUGAAGUUCCACGUGAUCAACAGUUUGAAGAAAGUUUCGCGGCACAAUUUCGUUUUGAAUAGGUGUCAGAUUUGCGAGAUGAUCGAGGCCGGCGGUGGAAAACUUUUGGUGAGACCGCCUGCAGAACGAACAGUGGAUUCGGCGGACGUUCAGUAUCCUUACCACGCCAAAGGAUCGAAGAAAUUGAAAAGUUGUCUCAAUUAUAUUGUUUAUGAUGCGAGGAAUGCUCCGCUUCUUCUAUAUAGGAUGAGCGAGUUGCGACACGUACCUGCAGAUUGGAUCGUUGAUUGUACAUUAGCUUUUAAAAUUAUCGAAAUGGAUGGUUUUUAA